CAGACGCAGAGGCGAUACGACAAUCCAUUAUUUCCACAUAAAAUUAUAAUCGGACGAAGGAUUCGAGAGUUCGAAAGUUUAAAUGUACCGAAACCUGUAUAGGUGUACAGAGUCGAAGAUAUUGCGUGUAAAACGGAUAUGCAGCACUUAGAGGUCUGAAACCCAGCUGUCAUGCUCCUGAGUUGAAAUGGGAAUUUAAUCGGCGUGAUGAGUUGGUUGAGAAACAGUCCGCUAAGGACUAACUUCAGCAGGCAACGAUCAAGGGAUUCUCCCCCAAAAGAUGCUGAUCCUACAGCUUGUUACGACAGUUUUCGCAAACACUGGCAACAGACACAUGACAUAAUUUUACAAACAAAGUUAGUUAGAUCAUGUUUCGUUUUGCAGCCACCUACUGGAAUCCCGAGUCACGAUGAUGUUCGCGGAGUUGUCAAUCAUGUCGAUCAAAUGGUCACACUUUUGCUCCUUGAACUUCGGAAUGCUACUCCGCCUAACGAACACAGACGCACAGCUACUCCUACACAUUCGCCAUGCCUUGAACAUCUGCUGAACGAAAACUUGCUUGACAAGCUUUACGAGUGGAGUUUGCACACAGGAAGAUUCAACAAUGCAGUUUGGCUAGAGCAACUUAAGCUAUACGAGCUACUGGUAUCGCACAGCGGGGCUCUUUUGGCACACGAGCCUGUGGCAAGACCAUUAUUACGAUUGUUGGAACAAUGUGCAGAUGAUGUAAUGCUGCCGGAAGUAGAAAAAAAAUUAGUAGUAUUAUUGAACCAAUUAUGCGUAGCCCUAAUGCAAAAUAUGGCUUUAUUAGAUCUUUUCUUUCAUCCAACUUCCAAUGGAAAGAGCAAAUUCAUCAUUUUUACACUACUGAUCCCACACAUUCAUAAGGAGGGUGGUGUUGGGCAACAAGCAAGAGAUGCAAUGUUACUUUGUAUGUCUCUUUCCAAGAAGAAUGAUGAAGUAGGAUUCUACAUUGCUGAUCACUCUAACGUCUGUCCUGUACUAGCCACAGGAUUAAGUGGCUUAUAUUCAUUGUUACCCAGAAAAUUGGAUAUCGAGACUGAAGAUUGGCACAGACUAACACCAGACGAUGUUAAUGAUAUGCCAGCAUUGACACAGCUGAUGAAUUCGUUAGAAUUUUGCAAUGCUGUCGCACAAGUAGCGCACCCCGUAGUACAGAAACAAAUACUUGAAUUCCUUUACCAAGGAUUCCUUCUGCCUGUAAUGGGCCCAGCGUUACUGCAGGAAUCUCUCGGCUUGACCAUAGAACAGCUAGAUGCACCGCAACACUGGACUGCUGUGGAUGAACUGGUUGCCGCAACAGCUUACUUUGAUUUAUUUUUACGGUCAGUCACAGAACCAGGUUUGCUGCGAUCUCUGAUCAGGUUUUUGCUGGAAGAUAAUUAUGACGAAUGUCGAAUACUGGAUAGUCUGAUUCAAAGGAUAUCUUCAAGAUCACGGCUGUGCAUAGUAACUUUGGCUCUAUUUGAAACUUUGGUUGAGCUGAAUUGCGAAGAUGUUAUGCUAGAAUUGUGCCUUGGAGCGUUAACGCCAUGUUCUCACAUAAUGAUAUCACAACGAAGAAGAUUGCGAGAUAUUGAUCCGUUUGGUCGAGCAGCAGAAAAAUUUCUAAGUCUCACUCCAAAUUGUUGUGCCACAGGUAGCACUAUAUCUAUGUCUCCAAAUUCCUUACCCAAUGUACCAGGAAUUUCUCACUUAAAUAAUUCAACCUUUGGUGCAGAGAGUUUUAAAUCUUUGCCAAUACCAAUUAAUUAUGGAGCAAGAUUGUCAGAGAGCUUAUAUGGAAACUAUCACGCUUAUUUAUGUGAUGCCAGACAAAAAAUAGCCAAUUGUCAGAGAGCAUGUUCUAAUUGGUCGUCGCAAUAUGAUGGAGAAACUUUGAAUGAGACUAAUUCCAGUAUUGCAACAAUUUUACCCGAAGAAAACACUCUCAUCGAACGAACAGUUCAACGAAUUGAAAGUAAUCAGGAAUUUCCAGCGGAGUCAGUUGAGGACACGAGAGUACAAAGCAACAUAUGCAAAGAUCCUUCAGUUCAAAUUAUUUUGGAUAAUAUUGAAUCACUGCUAACCGGAGAGGACGUCACUGUAUGCAAAGAAGAUAUUAGUAAACCUACGACUGAAGAAAAAACCGAUAAUGUUCUUGGAACACUUUCUUUUGAAGAACAAGCUAAACUGGAUGCUGAUAUUGCCGAGUUAUUGAAUGAGGAUAUUGGAACGACCGAACAACAUACUGACGAUACAUUACAGUUGGACAAAAAAGGUUCGGAUAGUGGAAUUGAUGAGUCGAACACCGCAAUGAACUCACUUUUAUCGUUAGGAGAAAGUAGUGGAUACGAAAGCUUUGCAUUUAAAGGUUCCUCAGAAUCAACACCAGACAAUGAACCCAGUGAAGAUAGGAUAAGUGAACACGAAGAAGCAGAAACCACAUUGAGCAUAGAACCUUCUAUACAGCUGCACGGCAUAACAAAUGUAAUCAAUGUAACUAAUGAGGGAUCAAUUUCAAACAGACAAAGUAAGGAUAGCUCAACAUAUCACCAGGAUAUUUUUAACGGACAACCGAAUGUUGGAAUAUUCUUGGACGUUGUUUUACGAAAACUAGAAUGCAUGACGAAUAACAGUGUAUACGUAAAUUUACAUUUAACUGGGCUUCUGAGCAGGCUCGCAAUAUAUCCACAGCCAUUGUUACGGUCUUUCCUACUGAAUCACUCCCUUGUAUUCCAGCCUAGUAUUCGAUCAUUAUUACAGGUUCUUGCAUCACUGAAACAUAAAAUUGACCAGUUUCUUUCUCGCCACCAUGACAUUCACCAAUUGGUUGAGCAAGCUCGAACAUUUUUAAUUGGGCGAGAAGACAGAUUAGUGAAUGCUCGAAAGAAUGCGUUGGAAGCCUCUGCCCAGGCUCCUACUCCUAGACGAUACUCCUCUGCAAGUGAACCAUUCACAAGAGGUGAACCAAAAAGAAGGAGUCUGACCUCAUCCUUGUCACAAAUAUUCAAACGUUCGGGUGGUUAUUCUGGUCCGAGCAGUUUAUCUGGUUCUAUUAGUCAGCCGUCUAGCAUUUCAGAGGACCAAUGGGAAAUUGCUGGUGACAACUGUGGGCCCAGAUACCAUACAAAGAUAUCAUGGGAGUCACCGAAAGACAUAAGUCCAGUACAGAAUAUCGUUCUGUGUGCAGUGGUAUUGGAUGAGUGGGUAAAAGAGUUAGCGGCAAUUACUCAGGAGCAUGCAAUAGCUUCUUUAACCAAUGGUCCAGAGUUCAGGCUAUGAAAUGAAUAACUUGAACUAUAACACAAGCUCCAUAUUCUGAUAACGAUGCAAUAAUGACACAUGCUCAUUACAUAUAUUUUUUCUUCACAUAAACAGGGUUACGGUAUACUUGUAUGUAUGUGACGCACCGAUUAUUCAAAAGUAAUUUAUGAUCGGAUUUUCAAGUUGGACAUAAUCGCGUUACUUUAAGGUGUGGGUGUACAGCUUAUUGCUCCGAUUCCUAAGUAUCGGAAAUGCUCCAAAUCAUAUAUUUAAUAGUUUUCCCUGUAGAAAGUAAGCACGUAAGAUACAUAAUAGAAUAAAUGAAUUUCCUGUUACGAUUUGUUCAGCCAAAUGUGGAUGCGACUGAUACAUUGCAUGAAUCACAGCUUCGGAGAAUUUUUUAUAGAUAAACUCAUGGAAUUAUUUAGUAAAGAAAUUCACUCGAAAAAUACAAACACUAAUUUGUUUCACUUGGAACAAUUUUCUGGAAAUUACAGUAAAACUUUUUUUUGUAUAUUUUACCUAUGAACAGAUCACAACAGAGAAUUCAUAAAAUUAAAGAGCCAAAUUCAAGCCACUAUAUCUAAUAUUUUUAGUCGAAAACCAUAUCACCUAAGCAGAACAAAGUUUAUAAUAUUACAGUUCUCAGUAGUGACAGUGUGAUCGUUACUAAAAAAUCAACUUUGAUGUACCUAUUAACGAUUCUUGCCAUUUAUCGCGAUUUUUUUCGACCAUAUUUAGAGAAUUUAACUCAAAUAUAGAAUACUUUUGUUUAUUUUGACUCCGUAGAAAUUUUCCGGGAAAAUUUUUUGUUGUGCAUUGCAAUGAAAAUCAUUCAGAACCUAAUUAACAAUGAUCUGUCUAUGUACACUUAUAGAAGAUAAUAUGUAGAAUUCUGAAAUUAUGCUGCUGGUUCGUUUUGUUUUGUUUAUUUUGUUUCCACGUACGUGUAAAGGCUUGAGAUAUAUUGUUCCAACACGGUCUGUUGUUAUUCAAAUAUUUGUACUUAUAGUUUGCUGAGUGUACUAGAUUUUGCCUGUAUCUGGUAAUAAUAGUUUCUUAGCCAUUAAUUGUGUGAUGUGUGAAUAGAGGCCGAUGGUACGCAUUAUAAACAGUUAUUAGCACUAGACAGUAUAGAAAAAAUAUCCAAAAGUGCAAUUGAUCGAACUAUAUGACAACCACGAUGACUGUAAUUAAUUACGAAAGUUUAAAACAUGAACGCGCGUCUGUAUAAUUCAUCUUUUGCACUACUGAUCAUGCUAGUUUU